AUGGAGCUCUGUCACGAGAGCUACACCGUAGCAUGGAUCUGCGCCUUGCCGCUCGAGAUGACGGCAGCGAAGGUUAUGUUAGAUACAGUUCAUCCUCCCUUAUCUCAGCCGGAGACCGACCAUAACAAUUACACGCUAGGAAGCAUCGCUAGCCAUAACAUAGCUAUAGCGUGCCUUCCAUCAGGCGUGUAUGGGACCACAUCAGCCGCAAUUGUGCUCGCCCAAAUGCUACCAACAUUUCCAUCUCUCCGCUUUGCAUUAAUGGUUGGCAUCGGAGGUGGAGUGCCGAAUCCUGGGAGUACAGAUAUUCGCCUUGGCGAUGUGAUCGUCAGCGUUCCAACCGCUGCCUCCGGCGGGGUCAUCCAAUAUGACUUUGGAAAGACACUUCACGAUGGACGCCUACAGCGCACCGGCUCACUCAAUAAGCCUCCGCAAUACUUGCUUACGGCAGUCGCCAAGGUACGCAGUGACCGUAUGACCGGGGACGCCUCGAUCGAAGCAAAGAUACUAGAAGCGACCAAGAAGCACCAAAAUAUGGACGAGAAAUUUUUGCGCCCAUCCAAUGACAGGCUAUUCACAGCCAUCUAUGAUCACAGCGGCGAGAUGGCUGACUGUUCUUCGUGUGACCACGCUAAGUUGGUACACCGCUUGGAACGACAAUCCGAUGAGCCACGGGUUCAUUAUGGGCUAAUCGCAUCUGGAAAUCAAGUUAUAAAGAGUGCCAUUAUACGAGACUCCAUCGCGCGAGAGUUAGGUAUCCUCUGUUUCGAAAUGGAGGCAGCCGGGCUGAUGGACCAAUUGCCGUGCCUUGUGAUACGGGUCGUCUGCGAUUAUUGCGACUCGCAUAAAAACAAAGAAUGGCAACCUUACGCUGCUCUUACAGCUGCAGCAUACGCGGCACAGCUACUAGGCAUUGUUCCUAGCCGGAAGAAUGAUCAGACUCAGUCAGCUGGAAGUAAGUGGCCCUCGAGCUAA